GCCAUGGACCAAAGCUCGCCAGAGCGGCACCAUGGCAUUCGCCCGCGUCCUGCUGGCGGUGGCGGCGGCGGCUUCAGCGGCGCUCCCCGACGCGGGCGCUCCGCAGCCGGCGCGUUCGGCUCUCCCCGCGCCCCGGCUCUUCGCCCCGGCUCCGCCGCGCUCGCCGCCCUCCCUGCCGCUCCAGCACCACCAGCCCGGCGGCGGCGGCGGCGGCGGCUGUCCCCGCGGCGGCGGGCGCUUCGUCAACGUGACCGAGUCCGGCGCCGAGUGCCUGCCCUGGGCGGACGUGCCCACUUUCCUGGAGCGGACGCCGCAGGGCCGGGGGCUGCGCAGCCAGCGCAACUUCUGCAGGAACCCCGACGGCCGCAGCAGGCCCUGGUGCUUCUACAGGAACAGCCGCGGCAGGGUGGACUGGGGCUACUGCGACUGCCGGCAGGGGUCAGUGAGACUUCGAGGUGGCAAAAAUGAGUUUGAAGGCACAGUUGAAGUUUAUCUGAAUGGAAUAUGGGGGACAAUUUGCAGCAGUCAUUGGGAUGAUAAUGACGCAUUGGUGAUAUGUCAACAACUUGAGCUUGGAAAAAGAGGAACAGCAAAGCAAACCCCAUUCUCUGGACUAGGCCCUAUCCCUGUUUACUGGAGUGAAGUACGUUGCCACGGUGAUGAAGAAAACAUCCUGCUAUGUGAAAAACAUAUUUGGCAGGGUGGAACGUGUCCUCAAAAUAUGGCAGCUGCUGUCACAUGUAGCUUUUCUCAUGCCUCUGAUUUUAUCCCGGUCCGGCUGGUUGAUGGGAGCAGUGCUCAUGAAGGGAGAGUAGAAGUCUACCAUUCUGGUCAGUGGGGGACCAUCUGUGAUGACCAAUGGGAUGAUGCUGAUGCUGAAGUAGUCUGCAGGCAGCUUGGUCUUGGGGGAAUUGCCAAAGCUUGGAGCCAAGCUUAUUUUGGAGAAGGUUCAGGUCCUGUGCUGCUAGAUGAAGUACGUUGUACAGGAAAUGAACUGUCUAUAGAACAGUGUCUAAAGAGUUCCUGGCAAGAACACAACUGUGGUCAUAAGGAAGAUGCAGGAGUAUCCUGCACUCCUCUAGCAGAUGGUGCAAUCAGACUAGUAGGUGGGAAAGGGAGCCACGAGGGAAGGUUGGAAGUGCUUUACAAGGGGCAAUGGGGCACUAUCUGUGAUGACGGAUGGACUGAACUGAACACACACGUGGUUUGUCGGCAGCUGGGAUUUAAGAAUGGAAAAAGUUCUUCGGAACAUUUCCUGGAAGAGGCCAUGGGGCCCAUCUGGUUGGAUGAUGUCAGCUGCUCAGGAAAGGAGUCUGCCAUCCUCCAGUGUUCAAAGAGGGAAUGGGGAAGGCAUGACUGUAGCCACCAAGAGGAUGUCCAACUCAGUUGCUAUCCAGAUAACGAGAGCCACAGAAUCUCAUUGGGGCCUCCCAUCAGACUGAUGGAUGGUGAAAAUAAGAAAGAAGGACGGGUGGAGAUCUUUAUCCAUGGCCAGUGGGGGACAAUUUGCGAUGAUGGAUGGUCUGAUAAGGAUGCAGCUGUGGUAUGUCGACAGCUUGGCUACAAAGGCCCAGCAAGAGCAAGGACUAUGGCAUAUUUUGGAGAAGGAAAAGGCCCCAUCCAUGUGGAUAAUGUGAAGUGCACAGGAAAUGAAAGAUCCCUGGCUGAUUGUAUUAAACAGGAUAUUGGCAGACACAAUUGCCGCCAUAGUGAAGAUGCCGGGGUGAUCUGUGACUAUCUUAACAAGAAGGCUUCUGGAAGCAAUAAUAAAGAUUCCCUUGCUUCUGUGUGUGGUUUGCGGUUACUUCAUCGUCGCCAGAAGCGUAUCAUUGGUGGGAAAAAUUCUUUAAGAGGUGGAUGGCCCUGGCAGGUUGCUCUGCGACUGAAAUCAAACCACGGCGAUGGAAGAUUGCUGUGUGGUGCCACUCUCAUCAGCAGCUGCUGGGUGCUUACUGCAGCACACUGCUUUAAGAGGUAUGGCAAUAACACUCGUAGCUACGUGGUGCGAGUUGGAGACUACCACACGUUGGUACCUGAGGAAUACGAGGAAGAAAUUGGAGUGCAAGAGAUUAUUUUGCAUAAGGAAUAUAGGCCUGACAGCAGUGACUACGACAUUGCACUAGUGAGGCUGCAAGGACCGGAGGAACAGUGUGCUAGGUUCAGCACUCAUGUCUUACCUGCCUGCUUGCCACUGAGGCGAGAGAGGCCUCAGAAAACAGCUCCAAAUUGUUAUAUCACUGGCUGGGGUGACACAGGAAGGUCUUACUCAAGAACAUUACAGCAAGCUGCAAUCCCUCUACUUCCCAAGAGGAUCUGUGAAGAAAGGUAUCGGACACGGUUCACAGGAAGGAUGCUCUGUGCCGGUAGCCUCCAAGAACAGAAACGUGUGGACAGCUGCCAGGGAGAUAGUGGUGGACCACUGAUGUGUGAACGCCCAGGAGAAAGCUGGGUUGUGUAUGGGGUAACCUCGUGGGGUUAUGGCUGUGGAGUCAAAGAUUCUCCAGGCGUCUAUACCAAAGUUUCUUCUUUUGUACCCUGGAUAAGUAGUAUGACCAAGCUAUGACCUCACCUGACCCCAAUGUCCAAUAACAGCACAGUCAUUGUGCAGAUGGGGUAUAAGAAGGGUGAGGAUGGGGGCAAUUUUGUGCAUGUGAUCUUUUUUGAAAAUUUUAAUAGGUCAUAUUUAAGGUUGACCUGUUACAUUGAAAAGUACAAGGGAGUGACUGUACUUGUAUAGUGACUCCCUAUAAAUGAAGCUAUCAAAUAGCACAGAUCAGCUGCACAAAUUAAGUUCUGACCACAACAUAAAUGAUCAAUUUAUUUCUACACUUUAUGAAGUUAUUUCCAUAUCUGUGAGCAAAUGUUUCAUUUUUAGACAGACCAUUAAAUGGUCUUAAAGGUGACAGUAGUAUCACUGCCCUGAAAUAUAGGGCACACUGGCACAGUACUUUCAUAUUGAGUUAAACAGCUCUGAUACUGUCAUUGUUCAGUGGGAUUGCUGGAAUAUUCAGAUGCAUUUCUCAGCUAGCUUCCAAAAAGCUGAAUUUUUCAGUAAUUAUUGAAACCCAGUGUGUUUUCAGACAACAAAAUUCCGUAUGAAUCUGUCAUGAAUAUACAGAAUGUAUCCUUUAAGAGCAAGUACUUUUGUACUUAUGACGCAGUAUUACCCUUAAUUAGCUAAUCUGAUCCAUACUAAUUACCUUAGUAGUAAGAUCAUUCCCAUGGCAUUUUGGAAAGUAUUUUAGCUGUGCCAGUAUGAAAAGUGGGUUUCCUGUCAGCAUAUUAUUUAUGUACCUGUGAUGUACAACCAAUAGCUAUACUUUUUACUCAUUCUUGGUGCAAUGUAUUAGCCUUUGGAUGCUUGGCAUUAUGUAUGCAGCUAUGUAUUCAAUUAUUAUGGUUUCAGCAUAUACAAUUCCAGGUUCUGUAGCAAUGAUUAUACAAUACCUCAAAGUUAAAGUAUUACAAUUCUGAUGAAAAAUAAACUGAACCUUCCUUCUAAAAAGCAAAGUCACCCCUCUCCCCCUUUAAUCAUGUAAAAUUGGUGCUAAACAUUAGUUUUCAUACAGUAUUUACAGCCUUCUGUAACUUUGCAGUUUAAUUAGGUCAACAUUAAAUGGGUUUUACUUCAUGAAACAAAAGCUCUUAUUUGUUGAAAUACGAAUUCAAUGCUUUUCAAGGUCACAAUAAACUUCCUAAGCACAUCUUAUAGUAAGGUGCCUUUUGAGGUAUCAAUCCCCAUCCAGUUUUAGAAUGCUACUUUGAGUCCAUCAGCAAGACAGGGAGCAUUCCAUAUUAACAAGGAAUACAUUCCUGUAGUUCUUUUAAGUACUGUUAUCACCCUCUAGUGGACACACAGUGUUUCUACAAUUCACAUUUAGAACCUAGAGCAAGUGGUCAGAACAUCUUGUUGGUGUUUAAGGUGCCACUGGACUAAAAUCCUGUGGUCUCUUCAUAGACCUUGCCUGCUCUGUUCAGUUACUUACCUGGGUCUCAGGUAAAUAGCCAUGUCAGUCUGCAGUAGAAAGCAGGAUGAGAGUCCAGUGGCACCUUUGCGACCAACAAGAUUUUCAGGAUACAAACUUUCAAGAGUUAAAGCUCCCUUCCUCAGAUACUGGAAGGUUAAUUGAAGGAGGUCUCUUCAGGUAUCUGAAGGGAGCUUUGACUGUUCUUGAAAGCUCGUACUGUGAAACUCUUGUUGGUUUCUAAGGUGCCAUUGAACUCAACUUCUGCUAUGCUGGACUAGAUGGAUCAUGAUCCGACUCAAUCCCAUCUGUCUACAAUCAUUGAAAGCGGCAAGGAAAAAAUUCCAUGCCAAAGCAUAAAUAUACCACAAAUCCAGCCUUUCACAUGGUGUGUUGCCACAGCAGACCUUUUAUGGUCCUGUUCUUGGAGACAUGGUAUAACUGAGUUCCCUUUCCCCUUUGGUAAAUCCCCUUUCUACUCUAACCCAGUAUGUAUAUUUUGUGUCUGUGAAACUGGAGAAGGCUGCGUAAAGAUGCGGUCUGUACUUAAACAGAGUACUUUUCACAAUUAACCUAUGAGCUUGAUAAAUCCCAAUAGUGGAAGCGUUGACUGCAUGAAAACUACCUGCAUUUCCAGAUGCUACUGGGUUAAUGAAGGUCAUCACU